UAAACACUAUGUCAUUUUUUAAUAAACUUGAAAAUACUAUCUUUACACCAACACUUUAUCAAAAACAGUCGAAUAUUGAAUUCCAAGAUAAAUAUUUAUCGAAAUCAUUAUUAAGAGAACAAAAAUCAGGUUAUAAAUCUGAUGUAGAAUUACCAGGAUUAUGUUCAUUUAUAAUACAAGCACUUUGUGGUGGUAAUUUAAUGUGGGAUAUAGCUAAAUUUAUGAAUUUUACUUUAUUUUGUAAUCAGCUUUUAACUGAAUUAAAUAUACCAAUAUCUGUAGUCUAUACAAGUUUAAAGUAUUUUCAACAAACUUUAGCAAAUAGUAUAAAUAAAUAUAAUAUCAUAGAUUUAUCUGAUAUUGCACAUGAAUAUUCAUUAUUUACUGUGACACUUUUGAUAGCGUACAAAUUCCUGGAAGAUAAUCCUCCACAUAUGAAGCAAUGGUCAUACGUGUCAAUGAUAUCAAUGAAGGAACUUGUAUUAUUAGAAGCGCAAAUAUUAAAGAGGUUAAACCACUCACUCAAUAUUUCACUAGAGACAUUUAAUCAAUGGGCUAAACAAUGCAAUACAAUAUACGAGAUCAUGAUCAAUUCUUCACAAAAUAUAGAUCAUCAACUUAUUUCUAUCUUUGAUUUACAUAUGACACAAUCAAGGCUUGGCUAUUGUACAUUAUUACCUGUUCUCUUAUCAGAUGAUUUUUCUUAUUCAUAUGGGAGCUAUAGUCAAUUAGCAUUACUAAUGACCAAUUGUAGUAAUAAUAAUAAUAGUAGCAAUUAUAGUCACAUAUCAUUAACAGAUUAUAGCUAUUUUGAUGACAACACAAUUACUCCAUAUUACUAUAAUGAUGUGGUGCCACAGGAUCAUUAUGGUCGGUACAAUAUUCCUCCUUGGUUACAGGAAAUAGUUCCCGUACUAAUAGAUCAUUCAUGAGGUACUUAUAUAUUUACACACACACACACAAACACAUUCAUUCAUACAGACAUACAUACAUGCAUACAUAUUA